AUGCAAAAGUUAAUUACCAACUUCACUAAAUCUAGAUUAUUCAGAACCCCUAAUCUUAAUCAAACACUAUUGAGAAAUUUCUCUGUUUAAACAGGCUCAUAAUUCCCAUCAGCUAUAGUAGCAGUCUUGAAGUAUUCAGCUGAGGAGGGAUAUUCAAAUGAGAUUGUAGACAUCUAGGAAUACCUAGAAAAUAAAAAGGUGGUCUUUAUAGGAUACCCAGGUGCAUACACUCCAUCCUGCACUAAUGCUCAUCUACCUCAAUUUAUAUAAGAUUCAGAUAAGAUUAAAGCGUAAGGAAUUGAUGAGAUCAUAGCAAUGAGUGUGAAUGACCCAUUUGUAUUGCAAUUCUUUGCUGAAGCCAUUGGAGCUAAAGAUAAAUUGACAUUAGUUGCUGAUGGGAAUGGAGAUUUAACAAAGGCCCUAGGAUUAGAAAUUGACUUGUCUGAGGUUUUGCUUGGCAAUUGCCGAAGUGUGAGAUUCACUAUGAUUGUCAAGGAUAACGUAAUAAAAGAAAUUAAUAACGAAGGAGGUGGUAAAUUCACAGAGACAUCCUGCGCACUUAGAAUCUAGAAUCAAUUAAAAGAACUUAAAGAUCUGUGA